AUGCAAGCUAUGGAUACAGCUUGGCAUCCAAAUAUUAUUUCACUCAUGGCUGUGAGCAGUAUUGACACUCAUGUUUACAUAGUUAUGGAAUAUUUUGAUAGUUGUAGUUUGAAAGACUCUAUUAAAAAUCGUAAUUCUAAAAUUAAGGACCCAGAAAAGAAAAACAGAAAUUACUAUAUUUGUUUACAAAUAAGUAAAGCAAUUGCGUAUCUUCACGAGUUGAUUCCAAAGAUAAUUCAUAAAGAUAUUAAGCCUGAAAAAAUUUUAAUCAAUAAGCAUUUAAUUAUUAAAAUCUGUGAUCUUGGACUCAGCAGAAUAUGUGAUUUGUCACUAUCAGCUCUACGCACUACGAUCGGGCAUAAUCUUUGUGGCACGCCAAUGUAUAUGGCUCCUGAAAUUUUAGUGCAUAAUUUGCCAGCAAAAAAAAGUAUUUGGAAUGUACAGCCGUUUACCAUAUCAAGAUUAAAACAAGUGAUAUCCAGUGAAGUAAAACCAGAUUUAGAACGGAUACCAAUCAAUUUGCAUAAUGAUAUCAGUGCCUGCUUCAAUAAUAACCCUAAUGGAAGGCCUAAAGCAGUGACCUUAGUUAAGGUUCUUGAACGCCUUUGGGAUGGAUAUCGUUAUUAG